AUGCCUCAUCUACCAAGUGUCUGCUUGGGAUGGGCACUCUGGGUUUGCGACAAUGCUGCCAUGACGGGAUCUGCCAGUACUGGUGGUCCCAAGCCCCGUAAUCGGGAGCGAGCCGAGCACAGCUUCGGGUCCAUCAUGAAGCCUCGUCUUGGUCGUUUUGUUCGGAGUCAAUCUCCAGAAUGA